AGCCACAUCUAUUGCAAGCAAGCGUGCUGCAUUACGCACAACGGAUCACGGUUUCUUAACAUUUUCUGAUCAUUUUUCAAUUUGUAAAAUUUGUAAAAUCGAACAAAAUGUGGAGCAGUGUUCCAAAGCAUCCCAAACGAAGUCGAUUCAGUGUUUCUGAAGAUUUGGAGGAGAUGGAUACGAGUGAAAGUGACGGCGAAAGUGAUGAACUUUCUGGGUUGGAGAGCGCUGAUUCAAUGUCUGAAGCAGCAUUUGAAGAUGGAUUGGAUCCUCUUCAGGAUUUUGAGGACACUGAAGAAAACCCUCCCCUCUCAACAAGUGAGAGUUUUGAUGUUUCUCAGCAGAAAAGGAGACGAUCCAUUCCCACCCCUCUCCCUUAUAUCACCUCAAGCAUGCCUGCAAGACCAGUUGAGAGCAGGCGGGCAAGCACCCCCACCCCCACAACCUCAGACCCUGAGGAGAGGUGGAAAUCUGUAACUGAGGACGACGUCGAACCCGUGCAGCACCGCUUCUGUCCUGCACGAGCACCUGGAGCACAACUGGAUACUUCAAAAAAGUAUUCCCCGCUAGACCUCUUCCAGCUUUACUUCAGCAUGAACGUCGUUCAGUCUUUGUGUACAAACACAAAUAAAAAUGGAAAAAAGCAGCAGGCCCAGGGGAAAAAAUACCAGUGGGAUCCAGUUUCAAUCAAGGAGCUCUACCAGUUUUUAGGAAUCCUAAUUUUCAUGGGGCUACUGACAACUCACACCGUGAGGGAUUACUAGAGUCCACGUAGGCCUUAUGGAAUCCCAUUCUGUCACACUGUGAUGUCCAGGAAGAGAUAUGAAGCCAUCGCUUGGACUCUGCACAUAAGUGACCCAGAGGAAGAUAAAGAGAAUGAUCAGAAGAAAGGAACUCCACAACACGAUCGCCUCUUCCGUCUCAGACCCCUCUUGGAUUCCCUCCUCCUGUCCUGCAAGGCAUACUACCACCCCCGACAGAACCUUUCAAUUGAUGAACGCAUGGUGGCCUCAAAAGCCAGGAUCGGGUUCAAGCAGUACAUGAAAGCAAAGCCGAUAAAAUGGGGCUUCAAGCUGUUCGUGCUGGCUGAUGCCCACAACGGGUACACAUGUGAUUUCAACAUCUACACAGGAAAAUCCAAAUCAGAUUCUGGGAAAGGACUGAGUUAUGACUCCGUUAUGAACCUCAUAAAGGUGUCAUACUUAGGCACAGGGUACCAUGUGUAUGUUGACAAUUUCUACACCAGCACAACACUGUUCCGGGACCUUUACAAGCUCAAAUUUGGAGCAUGUGGGACCAUUAGAGAAACUCUUCAGGGCUUCCCACAGACAAAAGAAAAUGCCCUCCCUAAAAAAGCUGAUAGGGGGACAAUUCGCUGGAUACGAAGUGACAAACUGCUGUACACCAAGUGGAUGGAUACACGUGAAGUGACGAUGUGCAGUUCCAUUCAUAAAGUGUACACAGGAGACAAAGUCCAGAGACGGGUAAGGAAUGAAGAUGGGACUUGGGGAAUGCGGAAUGUUCCUGUUCCUACUCCUGUAAAGGCCUACAAUCAGCACAUGGGAGGAGUGGAUCUGUCAGAUGCCCUUAUAAAAUACUACAACAUGGCACAGAAAACACAAAAGUGGUACAAGAAAAUUUUUUAUCAUUUCAUUGACAUUGCUGUUGUCAACAGUUUUUUGCUCCAUAAGGAAUUGGCACAGGCUCAAACUACAAAGGCACUUUCACAGAAAACGUUUAGAGAGGAGCUGUGCAAGCAGCUGGUGGACAUCGGGCUUGUGGAGCAGGAGGCCAUUGUGAGUACAGGUAAACUCUGUGUCCCUGUAGCCAUUACAGAGGGCAAGGAACUCGACCCCUCCAUGAAGUCCUCCUUCGGGCGUAGACACUGUGCUUUGUGCAAGGAAGGGAAACUCAGGAACAAAACGCCCUGGAAAUGCGAAGCCUGUGAUGUGCCAUUAUGUGUCAUUGUGGACAGAAACUGCUUCAAGAAACGGCACAUGCGUUAGGAAAAAAAGACUUUAUAGCAACUUAGGGAUGUAAGUAAUUUAUUUGUUCAUUUUGUACAGUUCAUGUUUGUUUUUUUCAGGUUUUAGCACUUUGUGGUUGUAAGUAGUUCAUUUGUUCAUUUUGCACAGUUCGUGGUGUUAUUAGGUUUUUGUUCAGUUGUAUUCAGUGUUUGAAAAAGAAAAUAUUUGAUUUGAAGUAAAUACUGUACAAAAAUACAGAAUCAAGUACUGAAAAUUCAGAGCUUCAGAAAAGUCUCAGUAGCAACAUUCUCCUGCACAAACAGACAGUUAUGCGAGAGCAAUGUGCCUGACAGUUGUGGCAUAUGGAUUGAGAGGAUUUGUCAUGAAUACUCAUCAUGGAUACAUUUUGGGCACCACAAAGCUCUCCAAAAAGGCCACCUUUUGAAUGAAAUAUUGGACAAAAAAAAAAGAGGAUUACAAAAUCUAAUUCAUGUGGCAAUGGAUAGCAUGUGAGGUGCCAGAAGUUCACAUCCCUUUUAGAACUUGCUCAAGAAACUAGUGUAUCACUGGACAUAAAGAUUUACACAAUGUUCAUUUUUGGAGAGGUUUGGAGAGGUUUGUAAAAACUCCUGUAGAAUUUGAUCCCUUUGUUCAAACAGUUCCAAAUUUACCCAGUAUAGUAGACAAGUUGGUGAAGCACUGGAAAAAAAUCAGGCUCUUUUCAUAUGCUCCAAGUUGAAAUAAUGACUAUAGAACAUAAAAAAAUGAAAAGCGUUUGUUGUUUUUUUAUGUAUUUUUUCUGGAUAUCUCCUUCCAGUGUGGUACUGAGUAAGACUUUUAUCACACCUGAGGUUUUAGUCUUGAUGCCCAAGGGGUUACCUUGAAUUCAAGCCCUGAACCAUGCCUGUGCUGUCUAUACUUUAGAAGAUAUUGUGAUUUAUUUAAGGGCACAGCCCCCCAGGCGGAAAUUGCCUGUGAGGGGCUGGGGUUUUAACAAGUUAAAUGCAGAUUCAGUGCAGACUCUGACCAGUUUAACCAAUGAUCUUUUAAGAAUGAGCUCUGUGAACGCACGCAUUGGAUAAAUCAGUCAGAGUCUGCACAGAAUCUGCUCUGAAUGAUCCCCGUGAACGCACCCAGAAAUCUUCUAUCAGCCGGACACACGCCGUUGCACAGCUGUGAAAACAUUUUGUAAACUAGUCUCAAGUAUGCUACCCCCGUUUGUAGUUAUUUUUUUGACUUACUGAAAUACCGGGCUGCAUUAGGAAAUGCAUCACAGCGUCUUUCAAUAUGGAGAGUGCUGAAUUAACGUCAUUGUGUUUAAAUGCAUUAAUCAACCUCCCACAAAACUAUGUUAUUAAUGAGGAAAUAAAUGAUUGACACAACAUUAUAUGUUGUUGAUUACAACACAAAUUACAAAAUACAAUCACAACUGUAAGUCGCCCUGGGUAAGGGCGUCUGCUAAGAAAAUAAAUAAUAUGAGCUCCCCAGUGUCCCAAUGAGGAAAUCCCCAGCCAGAUCCUUAAAAGCACACCUCACCUGCGAGAGCUACCCAACUGGAAACUUUACAUCGAUUGCUUACAAAUGUAGCAGCACUUGUAACUUUUGGCAGAAACGACAAUAAGAAGAAGGGAGUUCCCAUACGAGACCAGUAUGUUUGUGUUACCAUGUAGACAUAACAAUGCAAGUCUAAUAUUGACCAGACUGCACCCAGCUACCUCCACACCCUCAUCUCUCCCUACACCCCCACUCGACCUCUCCGCUCCUCCUGCACUAAAAGACUGGCUCUACCUCCUUUACGCUCCCCUGCCUCCAGAGCCCGCUCCUUCUCCACCCUCUCUCCGCAGUGGUGGAAUGACCUUCCUACAGAUGUCAGGACUGCCCAAUCCCUGACCACAUUCCGGCUCCUCCUCAAGACUCACCUCUUCAGACAGCACCUAUAGAACUCCUCUGUUUUUUCCCUCUGAUCACUUUAUCACCUUCCUUAAUGCGAUUUACUUGCUCUUAUCUGCCCCUAUUUUACUGCAUUUAAUCCUGUACUUUAGAGUACUGUAAUCUGUCAAGUGUUAUUUAAUCUGUAGUAUUUUGUAUUUAAUUAUAUCCUGAUGUAACUAUCACUGACACUGUUAUCUGCUCUGAUAUUGAAUCGUAUUUUGUCACACUUGUACUUGCUUGAACCAAAGUCAUUGUAUUUAUCUUGCUCUUAAUUAUAUUAAUACUUGUACUGUGAUUCUUGAAAUGUAUUUUUGUUUAUGACUGUAAGUCGUCCUGGAUAAGGGCGUCUGCUAAGAAAUAAAUAAUAAUAAUAAUAAUAUUA